UUUGAAAGACUCUGAUUUUAAUGUCCUAUCACUAUAAUUUAUUAAAAAUUCUCCCUGUUUGUUCCAGUUUGUAGUGGUGCAAAUUCAAGAAAAUCAAGUGUUUCACAUUGCUUUAUCGAAAUGGAUUGUCUCCAUGGACCAUGACAGUAAAAUAGCAUGCAUAUCUUGGCCAGAUGAAUCACCAGAUUUUUUUGUGAAGGAAAAUCUAGAUGCUGCUGACGAUUGGAACGAAAAGCUUGCAGAAGUCAAGCGGUUCUAUAGUCAGUAUAAUGACGCAAAGGAAACACUGAAAAACUUUCAGAGAUUUACUGACUAUGACACUGGCAGUGAUAAACCAUUAGGAAGAGGACAUAGAUUCAGGCGCGGCAAACGAAUGACUGAUAGUGACACGGAAACGCCACACCCAAUGAAACAAUCCAAGCUUGCUGCACCCCCUCCUGUGUUGUUACAAAAAGUUUCGGCAAAGGCAUCAACCUCCAGUGCUUCCAGACCUGUUGUGGUUCAGAAAAGAGGUAUGGUUUCUCAGACCAAAGUAAAAAAGUUGCUAUCUGAAUCAAAAGGUAAAGGGAAACCUGAAGCACCUGAAAAAGCAAGGCUUGAAAGACUGGAGCAAAAAAAGCAAAGAAUUUUGUCAGACAGGGAGCAAAAGAGAAACAAAAAUGAAGAGAAAAGGAAACAAGCCCUAAAUGCUCUGACAACUAGAGGAAAUUCAGCUCACCACCCAAUUGUAAAAUCUACAUCAAAAAUGGAAUCAAAGAAACCUUCAGAAAAGGCUCCUGAAAGAAAUGUGUCAAUAUGUUUGGCUGACAAGGAUAAAGCAAGUAAAGCAAAUUCAGUCAAGAGUCAGUCUAUGCAAAAUCUGUCCGAACCAAAGACAACUGAGCAGUCUCCCAUAAAAUAUGAAUCUUCUACUUCAAAUAAUGAGACAACAGUACCGGUUAAAAGAGUUCCACUAAACAAUUCGACAGCCUCAAAGCAGAAGGAUAAUGGCUUAAGUAUAACUCAAGAAAAAACUUCUGAAGAAAGAGUACCCGACUCAGAAGUCCAGAAUCCAGGGGAUCCAGUAUUUGAACGAUUGAGGCGUUUGGUUGGUUAGUUCUUACAAGAAUAGGAAUAAGAAUAAGACUUUGCCCUCUCAGAAAAAGAAAACUCCAGAGGCUGCUGAGGGAAGAGGUAGGGAUUUUCAGCUGUUCCUUUAUUAUGAAGAAUUAAGAGCUGUUGUAUUAAGACUGAUCUUUUUUUGUGCAGCACCCU